GUGGCAGGGGACGUGAAAGGAGGUGCCUAGGAGUAAGAUCAAAGCACUGUUAGAGUUGAGGGCUGGGCCCAGGGUAGUCCAGAUGUUCAAGGAAGUGAAAGCGCGGGAGAGAGCGGUGAGGGUGUGUGCGUAGAGGGUGUGUACCCUGUAAGCCCCAUAGACGUGGCAGCUCCGGGUAGGGACCCAGCUGAGGCAACAGGCUCUCCUUUGCCCAGCUGGCCGCCAGUCCCAAGAGAGCCUUGCACAGCCGGACAAUGCAUCAGGCUGACCACCAUCCGUGGCUUUCUCCAACUGUCAAUGGCUCAGCAGGGCAGGAGCCCCAGAAGCAGCUUCCAGAGUUGCUGGGCGGGGCCUGGGAAUCUCGUCCAGGGGUCGGGCUGCCUCUGCUCACCAUCAUCGUUGCUGUCUUUGUCUUGCUGGCAGUCUGUAUCGUGGUGGUGGUCCACUUUGGGCCAAAGCUGCACAAAGGCCAUGCCACUCUCGCCACAGAGCCACCAUCCCCAAAGCCGGAGGGCGGCAUCCACCUCAUCCGCUGGCGCAUGCUGGACCAUCAGGACAGUCACGAAGACGCCCAUCAGGAACCUCCCGGCCCUCACUCCUACCCUGUGCCAGAUGGGUCCAGGUUCAGCAUCGAUGAAGUCACGUUUCUGUAGGAGGGAGACUGGAAAGUUGGCCUCAGCUGUAUCAGAACAAGAAACUGGACAGAGUAGUGCAUGCUAAGUUGCUUCAGUUGUGUCUGACUCUUUGCAA